GUCCCGGCACCACCUGUGGUAUUGGUGGUUCCUCUCUUUUUAUCGUCCAUUGCCUGCCUGUUGCAGCUUUUUGAACAAAACCAUAACUCUUCCCAAAUCCAAAUCUUUUCUUCUCUCUUCUUUCUUCGUCAAACCACGAGCGCCUCUCUCUCCCGAAAGUGAUACCCAGCGCGCGCAUAUUUUCUUCCCUCUUUGUCUUUUUUUCCCCCGUCGAGUUCGGUAAUUCACAUCCAUCAAAAUGCUUGAAGCACGGUUGGAGCAGGCGUCGAUCCUGAAGAAGGUCGUCGACGCCAUCAAGGACCUCGUGCAGGACUGCAACUUCGACUGCAACGACUCGGGCAUCGCCCUGCAAGCCAUGGACAACUCGCACGUCGCGCUCGUGUCCAUGAUGCUCAAGACGGAGACCUUCUCGCCCUUCCGGUGCGACCGCAACAUUGCGCUCGGCGUCAACCUGACGUCGCUGACCAAGGUGCUCCGCGCCGCCCAGAACGAGGACAUCCUGACGCUCAAGGCCGAGGACGCGCCCGACGUGCUCAACCUCGUCUUCGAAUCUUCCGAAAACGACCGUAUCUCCGAGUACGACCUCAAGCUCAUGGACAUUGACCAGGAGCACCUGGGCAUUCCGGAUACCGAGUACGCGGCCACCAUCAGCAUGCCGUCUUCUGAGUUUAAGCGCAUCACCACCGACCUCAUGGCCAUGAGCGAGAGCGUCAACAUUGAGGCGAGCAAGGACGGCGUCAAGUUUAGCUGCCAGGGCGACAUUGGCAACGGCAGCAUUACCCUCCGCCAGCACACCAACGUUGAUAAGCCCAGCGAGAAUAUCGAGAUUGAGUUGAGCGAGCCGGUUUCCCUCACGUUCUCGCUCAAGUACCUGGUCAACUUUUGCAAGGCGAGCGCGCUGUCGAGCACGGUCAAGAUCUGCCUCUCCAACGAGGUGCCCCUUUUGGUCGAGUACAACAUUUCGGCUAGCAGCUACUUGAGGUUCUAUCUUGCGCCCAAGAUUGGCGACGAGGAGUAAACGCCCCAUUUACCUCCAACAACCGAACCACAUCUUUGUUACGAACACCACGAAACUAUGCCUUCAUGUAUACCUCGAGUUGCUAUAAAAUCAUGGGGAGGAGGAGAAUUGCAAGUCAUGUAGAAGAUAAGGGGUGAUGCAGUGAUGAGAAGAAGAAAAGGGAUAUGAAGAAAAAGAAAUCUGUGUUUUUGAAAGAGUCUGGCACUAGUACACUACACACAAAUGUUUUAGAGGGCGUUUUGUUCUUUCUGCUGCGAAGAUGAAUGUUUAGGGGAGACGACGAGGUGUCAAUGAUUAUUGCGAUGGCCUCCAACAACACACCUUCACCAAGGAACCCGAUGCUGUUGUCGUUUCC